AUGCACGAAUCUGACCGUCAUCGUCCCCGGGCAGCUACCUGCGAAGACUGGGACGAGGACACCCAGUCGGCGCUUCCCGGCUCUCAAACCAGCGCAAAUGUCUCCGCCAAACGCUCUCAGCACGACCUCGCUCUGCGACAACGCUCGAAUAGUGAAUUUGACGCCGAUGGAGGCGACUCGGGCUACGUCAGUCGGGCUGGCACCGUGGCUGGAGAAUCCACCUCAGGUCGGCGCAAAAUGCCAGAUCUGAAGAUCGAUACCGCUGCAGUCCGUGAAAGAGAACGCAAGCCUUACCUUAUCUCUCAGAACGGUCAUUCCCAACCAACAAGUCGACGCCAGUCAUCCUCCCAGCUGAAUGAAACGCCUUCAGAGGCACGACCUUAUAAAGCCAGGCAUGACGCGCAUGAGCGAGGGCCUGGCGGGAGCCACGACCACGUCAAGCAUGUCGAGACAAGGCAAGACCCAUCUCGAGCCUCUAAAGCAGCCCCGCCGCCUCCAUCUGCAGGAGGAGUCAAAACCUGGGUCCCAAAAGGCACAAAGGAUGACCAGGCGGUACCUGUCAAAGUCCGCAGGUCAUCCUCGAACCAGCAACCUAGACCGAUGAGCAUGUUUUCCAACGCUCCUGUUCCAGUACAGUACAUGAAUCCCCCAAUGUAUGGGCCACCUUCUGUUGCAACAUCAGGUUACGCGACGCCGGUCACGCCAAAUAUACCCUACAGUCCCAUGCCAUAUUCAUAUAUUGUUCCUGCGCCGUUGCCGACACCGUCAUAUGCGGUUUACCAGCCACAACCCUCUUAUUUUGAUCCACCAACUAUCCCUGAACCACGCUCAGCCAGGCCAAGUCGACAUCCAAGCCCGGUCCGGCGGUCGAGUGCCUAUGGUGAACCUGUUAUCCGACAAGGGUAUCCCGAAUCCGGAAUGAUGACUCUCGAACGAAUCCCUUCGAAAGAGACUCGGCCGCCGCCACUGUCUCAAAAAUCUAUUCGCAACCUUGAAGAUGAUGAUCGAGCAAUCAUGCCACCGCCGCCACGACCGCCCCAGCCUGAGGUCGUCCUCACGCGUCGACCCAGCAACCGAAGGGCGAAGACGUAUCAUCCGCAAGAGCCAGUACUUCGCGAAAGGGUAGUGUAUGAGCCUGAACGCUACGACAGCGAUGACGACCAUGACUACAGGCGGUCGCGACCUCCCCCUUCAGCUUUUCGUGAGCGCAGAGAAUCGUCAUCCCGUCCGCCCUCGUCAUAUCGCGCCCCUCCACUUGCUGAGACGCGCGAUCGGCCGAUGCCCAGAAAAUCCGUUUCUUAUUCAGCGGGGACAACCGUUACCAAAAUCGCAAGCUCGGCGCCGCACAACAUCCCUCGCCGUAUGACGGUUCCUUUGGAGGAAAAAGAAGCCCAGAUCGAAGAAUAUCAAUCCAGGCGAAACAAGACCUCCAAUGAGUUGACCGCUGAAGCUCUUGCAGCUCUUCGUGAUUUGGAACAGCGCAAUUCAAGUUCGAGGUCUGAAACGGGAAGUAAUUUCAGUCGGCAAUCGUCCUCCAAGGAUUCUUCCGGCCGCGGAAGAAGUCAGACCAGUGGCACAAAAACUAGCAUCACCCUUCCUGGCGGCUUGAACAUGACGAUUCCCGCCGACUACAUCAACAAAGAUGGACGACCUCUCAGUAUCAAUGUCGGAGGGGUCGUCGUGUCAGUGGGUGCCGAAGGCAAAGAGAACGAGCGACCCAAGGAGCAAAAGAGGAUUGAACGUGCACCAAGUGUUGCCAGUCGAAACUCCAAGAAGAGUGUCUCCAGCAGUGUCACCUCGGCGCGAGAAAGGGAUCGAGACAUGCCCACGUCCAGACGACCUUCAUAUUUGGAAGAACGAGGUCCAAGUCUGAGAUCAAGUCGUCAGCCCAGCCGUGCCCCCAGCACGAAUCGACGCAGCCAGGACUUUUCGGCCCGUCAGAGUGUCGACUACAGCUACCCCGAUCUAUGA